CUACUAUUCCCAGGAUUCCUAGUGGUUUCCCAGGAUACUUUGCAAAGGCAUGGCGGGCAGAGUGUGAAUGUCAGCCAGGAAGGUAAGCCAAGCACAUUUAUUCAAGUAAAAAGAGGACCAAAGAGAAGGGAAGUUGGACAGCAACUUCUUCCGGGAGACCUUUCGUCUUAACGCUGCUGGAGCUAACGUUUUUGUCGAGCACGCAGUGCAAUCUUACCGGCGUGAAUGUGUGCACUUGAGCACGCAUCGGGCUGGGCGUGGAGCGGCCAGUGAAGCUUUGCUGGUGGAAGUUGUCAUCUUCCCUAAACGGAGCGGGUUUCUGUGAACAUGAUUUGUUUUUUUCUACGAGCUGUACAGUAUACGGAGAAGCUGCACAGGUCCUCGGGAAAGCGCUUGUAUUUGCCACACUUGGUACUUAACAAAGCUUUCUUGAAGACUAAGCCCGGUUUGAUAUGGGGGCUGCACGAGCAGAAAACGGUGCGACCUGGUUGUAUCCCUGGAGUCACCCCGAGGGCCAUCUGCACGCAGGGACAGGGCCCCCAGAGAGCAAAGGAGGACAGCAGCAAGCAAGUAUCUGUGCACAGUCAGAGAGGGGAAACCGCCAUCUCAACAGCACAGAAAGUUAAAGAAGCUGGAAGAGAUUUUACCUAUUUAAUAGUGGUGAUUAUUGGAAUCAGCAUUACAGGUGGCCUGUUUUAUGUGAUUUUCAAAGAACUUUUUUCUUCAUCUAGUCCUAAUAAGAUAUAUGGGAAAGCCUUAGAAAAGUGCAGAUCACAUCCCGAGGUAAUAAGUGUCUUUGGUGAGCCUGUUAAAGGAUAUGGGGAGAUGACAAGACGUGGUCGAAGGCAGCACGUCAGUUUUAUUGAAUAUGUAAAGGAUGGGCUGAAACACGUGCGUGUGAAGUUCUACAUCCAGGGUUCCGAGCCUGGGAAGCAGGGGACAGUGCAUGCGGAGGUGAAGGAGAAUCCAGAAAGUGGUGAAUAUGAAUUCCGAUAUAUAUUUGUAGACCUUGAAACUUAUCCUAGAAGAACUAUUGUCAUUGAAGAUAACCGACCCUGAGAUUGAAAGGCUCAGCACCCAGGCCAUUUCCUCAUGGGUGUUUCAUGGUGCAGACUUUCAGCUCUGAUCUGCAUGGCUCUCCCAGAGUCAGUUUUGAAUAGGUUGGGAAAGAGUGAAUGGAACUGGGUAGUUGUUGCAUUUAGACUAACCAAAUCAGAUUUUCCUGUAGAGUAAAAAAUCUUGAAAUAGUGCAUAUUUUAGGUGAUCCUGGGCAUCGUGUAAAUAAGAAAAUAGAGUUCAUUAUUUUGUGCUUUUUUAUGUUAUAUAGCUAUAUAAAAUCUGUGGAAUAAAAUUAACAUGUAAUAACCA